CUCUGCAAACCCACCUCUGCAAACCCAGAUCUGGGUUUUCUUUCUCAAACUUUAUCUUCUUCCUUUACCUGCUCAUCCUUCUUCUUUCUUCUUCUCAUUUUCUCUCUCUCUCUCUCUCUCUCUCUCUCUCUCUUCUCCCUUAUUCUUCCUCUCUGAAACUCAGAUCUGGGUUUGUUUGAAACCCAGAUCUAGGAAAAAAUUGCAUCUGUGACACAAAAUGAGGACUUGGGGACUUUUCUCGACAUGCCCAGCAGCGAGCUUCACGGCCAUCCUUAAUCUCACAAAGCUCCAAUGGAUGGUGAUGGUAGACAUGUUGAAUCCAUUUGGCACCUUCACAAUUUGCUGUGGGAAGCAAGGCGCAUUCAACAUCUAACUCAAAUAAACACGCUUGACACUUGUAAGCCAAGUCUGAGCAUCAUCGGAAAGGGCUUUCUGCGACGAAGAAGAACAAAUGAGCUCCGGUACA